CACUCUCUGGACUCGCGGCGGAUUUUGGAAGCGACGAUGCGAGCUGCCGGGACUGCGGGAGCCGGUGUGCUGUGGGCGCUGCUGUGCGCUCUGGUGCCCGGCAGAGUGUCGGAGCUGGUGACGGCGGUGCAGGAGCAGGUCAAGCCCGAGUCCUCCCUGCUGAAGCCAAAGGUUAUGAUCGCCAUCGUGGCUCGUAACGCGGCGCACAGCCUGCCAUACUACCUGGGCUGCAUCGAGAGGCUGGAGUACCCGAAAGAGCGCAUAGCGAUCUGGGCAGCGACAGACCAUAAUGUGGACAACACCACCGCCAUGUUAAGAGAAUGGCUGAAGAGAGCUCAGCACGUCUACCAUUACGUGGAGUGGAGACCGAUGGAGGAGCCGAGGUCCUACACAGACGAAUGGGGCCCUAAACACUGGCCUCCUUCCAGAUUCAACCAUGUAAUGAAGCUAAGGCAGGCUGCUCUGAAGGCCGCCCGGGAACGAUGGGCUGACUACAUCCUGUUUAUGGACAGCGACAACCUGCUGACAAAUCCUCGAGUGCUGAACCUGAUGAUGGCUGAGAACUUAACCUUGGUGGCUCCCAUGUUAGAAUCGCGCUCUCUCUACUCUAACUUCUGGUGUGGCAUGACUCCACAGGGUUACUACAAGCGAACCCCAGACUACCAGCCAAUCAGGGAGUGGAAGCGGCUCGGCUGCUUCCCCGUUCCCAUGGUGCACAGCACCUUCCUUUUGGACCUGCGUCGUGAAUCCAGCAGGGACCUGGCUUUCUACCCCCCUCACCCAGACUACAGCUGGGCAUUUGAUGACAUCAUGGUGUUUGCCUUCUCGGCACGUCAAGCAGGUGUACAGAUGUAUGUGUGUAACAGAGAGCACUAUGGCUUCCUGCCCGUCCCUCUCAAGGCACAGCAAAAUGUUGAAGAUGAAAGCGAGAGUUUCAUACACACCAUCACAGAGGCUCUGAUUGAUCACGAUAUCGAGCCGUCAGAGUAUUUGUACUCUCCACCAUCCCCCCAGAGCAGGAUGGGCUUUGAUGAAAUUUUCUUGAUCAACCUCAAGCGCCGGCUGGACAGAAGAACCAGGAUGUUGAAAACAAUGGCCGCACUGGGGAUUCACUCCACGCUGAUAGACGCAGUGGACGGGAAGGCUUUGAAUACAUCCCAGCUGCAGAGGUUGGGAAUAGAGAUGUUGCCAGGCUAUAAGGACCCGUACUCUGGUCGGGUACUGACCAGAGGGGAGAUCGGCUGCUUCCUCAGCCAUCACUCUAUAUGGACACAGGUGGUGGAGCAUAACCUCCAGAAGGUUCUUGUUUUAGAGGAUGACGUGAGGUUUGAGCCCAGGUUUAAGCGACGGCUGCAGGCCAUAAUGGAUGACACAGACAACACCCAGCUGGACUGGGACCUGAUCUACGUGGGCCGUAAACGCAUGCAGGUGCAGCAGCCGGAGCGGUCGGUGGAGGGUGUAAACAACCUAGUCGAGGCUGACUACUCGUACUGGACGCUCGGCUACGCACUGUCACACCGAGGGGCCAGAAAGCUGCUGGCUGCUCAGCCUUUGCCUAAGAUGCUCCCCGUUGACGAGUUCCUGCCCAUCAUGUUCAACAAACACCCCAACGUUGAGUACAUGUCUCACUUUGGGCCCCGAGACCUGAAGGCCUUCUCCGUGGAGCCGCUGCUCAUCUAUCCCACACACUACACCGGAGAGCCGGGGUACAUUAGCGACACCGAGACCUCCACCAUUUGGGACGAUGAUGCCGUGGCGACAGACUGGGACCGGCAGCACGCCCGCAAAACGGCCCAGCAGGGUCGCAUCCGGCCCGUGGCGCAAAACAGCGUGACGGGAGACUCGCCGCCUCCUGCGGCCCGAGCGUCGCGUGAUGAACUGUGAUACGGAGACUCGAAGAGAAAGACUCGUGUUUAGAAAAAACACACAGUGAAUGCCAUGCGUACACACACUGAAAAGACAGUACAAGCAGACACUCUGUGCAUGCAUAGCACAGGUGUCCAAACGGAUAAAGGCAGUAUUGAGCUGUCAGCCUAGUCUGCUACCUGAGGAGGGGCGCACAGAGGAAGAGGAUGGGAUGAAGAAACUGGGACGAGGGCCAGCAGGCGUUUGACAAAAGCUUUAUUUAUUUCCAAUGUGCCUCCUCUCAGCAUGUGGGGACCGUUAGGCCUGAAAAAAAUCCAAGCGACACAUGGAAGACAGCUAGCAUCAUUUGCAGGAUGUGGAAAAAAAAAAUCACAAUUUAAUUUUAUAUUUUAUUUAAAGAAAACAGAUGUGUUUUAGUGGAAGAAUAAAAGAAACUAAAAGCUGUCCUAAAACAACUCUGUAAGCUUUAAGCGUGUGAAACUGCCCAUCAGCAUCCCUUUGGUGUUAUUGCGUGUGCAUGUGGACAUAUGCAUGUGUUUAUAGAGCUGAACAUGUGUGGGAGGAGGGAGGCUGAUGUAUCGUACCCAAGAGUGUCACUGCUUCAAAUGAUGUCAGAUGCACACAAAGUCAAUAAAAGUCCUUUUCUCGCCACGCGGGGGGGUAACAGACCCAAAGUCUCUGCUGUGCAGCAGGCUGGACCUGCUGGUUAGGAUUUCAGAGCGCCAGUCUCACACUACAUAACGCCUGAACGAUGCGUGAUAUGCCGUUUCAGCCAUUUCAGACACAUGCUUUUGCAAUUAUGUGUGCUAAAUAUUUUGGAAAAACUGGAUUAUCAAAAGUUUUCAUGUCCACAUGGUCUUUGUUCAGUUGUGCUGCUGGGCUGAACUAAUAA